AUGGCGGGUGUGAAGGCUGAACAUCUGCGGGUCAGUGACGAUGAACGGAUACUAGUCGACGCGGCGGAGGAGGCUGCGUUCCUGGACUCUUUCUCAUCAAUCGAUGCCGACUCGCUGUCUGAUGAUACCUGGCGUACCAACAAAACGGUCGAUUCCAGCAGCGACUUGGAUUCGCUGGAUGACAUCCUUGACAACAGCUCUUCGUCAAAGGAGCCUAUUCCUAAACCAAACACAACCAAACCAACUCAAGACCAUUCAGUAAAAGAACCGACAGCUGCCACAGCAGCUCCAGCUUCGGGUGGAUCUGCUUCAGAACCUUUAGUUGCUACCAAACCUGCAGGAUCGGACAGUGCCGGCUCGGGUACCGAGACGCCAACGUCGACAUCGGCUUCCUUUACAGCCUCGACGUCGGGUGCUUCUACAAAUGAUGACGCCUCCUCGGUCACAGACACCCCAGCUACGGAGGCUCCAACGGACGUGCCAGGCAUCGAGACACCGACCUCGACGACGACUACGGACGUUCCGACCACCGAUACCCCGAUGUCGGACGCCACCGUCACCCCCAACGCAGCCACGAAUGCACCUGCAGCAACCGAGGAGCCGACAUCGACCACAACGGUUCCGUCUUCGGACGCUUCCUCUUCAGGAUCUCAUGCACCCACUGAACCCGCUGGAUCGGAUAGUGCCGGCUCGGCUACCGAGACGCCAACGUCGACAUCGGCUUCCUUUGCAGCCUCGACGUCGGGUGCUUCUACAAAUGAUGACGCCUCCUCGGUCACAGACACCCCAGCUACGGAGGCUCCAACGGACGUGCCAGGCAUCAGGACACCGACCUCGACGACGACUACGGACGUUCCGACCACCGAUACCCCGAUGUCGGACGCCACCGUCACCCCCAACGCAGCCACGAAUGCACCUGCAGCAACCGAGGAGCCGACAUCGACCACAACGGUUCCGUCUUCGGACGCUUCCUCUUCAGGAUCUCAUGCACCCACUGAACCCGCUGGAUCGGAUAGUGCCGGCUCGGCUACCGAGACGCCAACGUCGACAUCGGCUUCCUUUGCAGCCUCGACGUCGGGUGCUUCUACAAAUGAUGACGCCUCCUCGGUCACAGACACUCCAGCUACGGAGGCGCCAACGGACGUGCCAGGCAUCGAGACACCGACCUCGACGACGACUACGGACGUUCCGACCACCGAUACCCCGAUGUCGGACGCCACCGUCACCCCCAACGCAGCCACGAAUGCACCUGCAGCAACCGAGGAGCCGACAUCGACCACAACGGUUCCGUCUUCGGACGCUUCCUCUUCAGGAUCUCAUGCACCCACUGAACCCGCUGGAUCGGAUAGUGCCGGCUCGGCUACCGAGACGCCAACGUCGACAUCGGCUUCCUUUACAGCCUCGACGUCGGGUGCUUCUACAAAUGAUGACGCCUCCUCGGUCACAGACACUCCAGCUACGGAGGCGCCAACGGACGUGCCAGGCAUCGAGACACCGACCUCGACGACGACUACGGACGUUCCGACCACCGAUACCCCGAUGUCGGACGCCACCGUCACCCCCAACGCAGCCACGAAUGCACCUGCAGCAACCGAGGAGCCGACAUCGACCACAGCGGCUCCAUCAGUAACUGAGCCGAACGGUACUCCCUCCAACCCUCCGGUUUUGGUAGGCACUACGACUGAAACGCCAGCAACAGAAACCCCUUCCACGAGUCCUAUGAACUCUGACCAACUCUCCCAAGUUGGAGCAUGGGAGCAAUGCGGUGGUCUCGGCUUUGACUACGCAAAAUAUUUUGCGGAUGGGAUCUCUCCGAUUUGGCAGACCAAGUUGUCUUGUAUACCAGGCCACUCGUGUGAGGAGGUCAAUCCUUGGUAUUUUCAGUGCCAACCGGUUAAGAAAAUAUCUGGUGUAGAGCUGUGGGUCGCGGCGGUCGUCAAAAGUGCCGGUCGCGCUGUCCGUAUCCCGGCAGAUGCCGCCGAACGAAUCAUUUCCCGUGGUAGCUUCAGUGGAGACGGGGCAUACGAUGCUGGAAUAGUCAAGUCCGGGGAUCAAAUCGUGGACGUAUCUGGUGCGCAAGCUUGUGGGGGUGAGGGCUUCAAUUACUCGCGCUUCUGGGUCGGACCAAUGCCCGACGGUAAUGUUACAAAAAGCUGA